CCAUUAUAGCUCUCCAAAACUGCAGCCUCACUUGGCACCAACAACACAAAGACGAACGUUUUUAGAAGAAUAACUGCCAAUUAUAUAGCUUAUCUCUUAAAAACUGAUAAAAUAGUUAGGUACUCCAAACACGAUGUCGGCCAGAAGAGCAACCCAUGCCGGCAGCUGGUACACGGACUCAGGCUCUGAGCUUAGCAGGCAGCUAGAUCGUUGGCUUGGAGCUGCGGAUCUCUCGCAUGGACCAGCACGAGCUAUUAUUGCCCCACAUGCUGGAUACACCUAUUGUGGUGCCUGCGGGGCUUUCGCCUAUCGCCAAGUUAGCCCUGUUGUCGUAAAGCGAAUCUUCAUUCUGGGUCCAUCCCAUCAUGUGCGCCUGCGCGGUUGCGCCUUAUCCGUGGCAAAGAAAUACAGGACUCCUCUCUACGAUCUCAAAAUCGAUACUCAAAUCAAUGCCGAGCUGGAGAAGACUGGUCAGUUCUCCUGGAUGGACAUGAAAACGGACGAGGAUGAGCACUCCAUCGAGAUGCAUCUGCCUUACAUCGCCAAAGUUAUGGAAGACUACAAGGAUCAGUUCACCAUUGUGCCUAUCCUGGUGGGCUCUCUGAACCCGGAUCAGGAGGCGCAGUACGGCAGCCUUCUUUCCACGUACUUCAUGGAUCCCACCAACCUAUUUGUGAUAUCCUCGGACUUUUGUCACUGGGGACAGCGGUUCAGCUACACUUACUACGACCGCUCCUGCGGUCCCAUUCACAAGUCCAUCGAGAAGCUGGACAAGCAGGGUAUGGACAUCAUUGAGUCUCUCAGUCCGCAGGCCUUCACCGAGUACUUGCGCAAGUACAGCAACACGAUAUGCGGCCGACACCCGAUCGGAGUUAUGCUCGGCGCUGUCAAGGCGUUGCAGGAUCAGGGCUAUGACAAGAUGAGCUUCAAGUUCCUGAAGUACGCCCAAAGUAGCCAGUGCCAGGAUAUGGAGGACUCUAGCGUCAGCUAUGCGUCUGGCUCGCUUGUCUUUGAGAUUUGAACGCAAUCAAGUAUUUUAGCCACCUUCUAAGGCAUCUAAUUUGUGGAAUUUAAGCUUAAAGUUUUUACAAGUACUAGCAUCAAAUUGAAAAUUUUAAAUAAAAUUAAUUAUCGUAUGAAUUAAAAGCUAA